AUGGGAGCAUAUAGAGCGGAAGACGAUUAUGAUUACCUCUUCAAGGUUGUUUUAACCGGAGAUUCUGGCGUCGGAAAAUCCAAUUUGUUAUCUCGUUUCACAAGAAAUGAUUUUAGCCACGACUCACGAGCGACCAUUGGUGUCGAAUUUGCCACACGUAGCAUCCAAUGCGACGAUAAGAUCGUCAAAGCCCAAAUUUGGGAUACUGCCGGUCAAGAAAGGUACCGAGCCAUCACGAGCGCAUACUACAGAGGAGCCGUUGGUGCAUUACUUGUUUACGACGUGACACGUCACGUGACAUUCGAGAACGUCGAGAGAUGGUUAAAGGAGCUAAGAGACCACACAGACGCAAACAUUGUGAUAAUGCUUGUUGGUAACAAAGCUGAUCUUCGUCAUCUUCGAGCCAUCUCAACCGAAGAAGCAAGAGCUUUUGCAGAAAGAGAGAAUACAUUUUUCAUGGAGACUUCUGCACUUGAAGCUGUGAAUGUUGAUAAUGCUUUCACCGAAGUUCUUACUCAGAUUUACAGAGUUGUUAGUAAGAAAGCUCUUGAAGCUGGAGAUGAUCCGACCACUGCUUUGCCUAAAGGACAUAUGAUCAAUGUCGGAAGCAAAGAUGAUAUCUCAGCCGUUAAAAACUCUGGUUGCUGCUCUACAUAG